UCCUCCAUUGGUUAGGUCCAAAUCCUCCUCCGCCAUUUCUGCUGAUCUGGGUGUGGUCAAAGAUUCAAUCUUUCUGCAUAAAACUCGAGAAAGAAAUGUGGGUUUCAAUCAUUUCUCGUCUUUGAUCAUGAACACAAACCAAAUCUUUGAAGCAAUUUGGACCUGAUAAAAAUUAGUAAUAAUUAGAGGGAAGAUUAGCUAGCAUACCUUGUUAUUGUUAAAAUUGACUGAGAAAACAAAGAAUGGUUGCUGAAGUGGUGGAGAGGUGCUUGGAUUCCAAGUUAUGGCAUGCCUGUGCUGGUGGGAUGGCCCAAAUCCCACCUGUAGGCUCUCAAGUCUUUUACUUUCCACAAGGUCAUGCUGAGCAUGCCAAUCAGUCUAUGGAUUUUGGGGGCUACCCUACAAUCCCAUCUCUAUUGCUGUGUAGUGUGUCUUCCAUAAGGUAUUUGGCUGAUUUGGAGAGUGAUGAGGUUUAUGCCAAGAUUGGAUUAGUCCCUUUGAAGGAGGAUGUUUGUGAUGAUGAUGAUGAUGAUGAGAGUAGGUUUCUGGCUUCUUUUGGUAACAAUGAGAAGAAACAAGAGAAGCCGACCAAUUCGUUCGCCAAGACAUUGACACAAUCUGAUGCAAACAAUGGUGGAGGUUUCUCUGUUCCCAGGUACUGUGCUGAAAUGAUUUUCCCCCGGUUGGAUUACACAGCUGAGCCACCCCUCCAGACUGUAGUGGCUAAAGAUGUCCAUGGAGUGAGUUGGAAGUUUAGGCAUAUUUAUAGGGGGACGCCGAGGCGUCACUUAUUGACAACCGGUUGGAGUAAUUUUGUGAACCAGAAGAAGCUCGUCGCCGGGGAUUCAAUCGUGUUCCUGAGAGCCGAAAAUGGGGAGCUCUUUGUUGGGAUCCGAAGGGCAAAGAGAGGGACGAGCCCAAAGAGUUCGGGGUGGAACACCCGGGGGUAUUUUGGUCAUUCGGGGAAUUGCGUCGAAGCAAGGACACUUGCAGGGCGCUCUCAGCCUUUUGAGGUGGUUUUUUAUCCACGAGCCUGCACACCAGAAUUCGUGGUCAAGGCUUCUGUUGUGAGGGAGGCAAUGAGAACCCGGUGGUGCCCUGGGAUGAGGUUCAAGAUGCCCUUUGAAACGGAGGACUCUUCCCGGAUAAGCUGGUUCAUGGGAACCGUGUCUUCGGUUCGGGUGGACGACCCAAUCCGCUGGCCCAAUUCUCCGUGGCGCCUCCUCCAGGUGACUUGGGAUGAACCAGACUUGCUUCAGAAUGUGAAGGGAGUCAGUCCAUGGCUGGUUGAGUUGGUUUCAAGCAUACCCUCCUCCCUCUCCGCCAUCCAUUUAUCUCCCCCAAGAAAGAAGCUUCGGCUUCCUCAACCUCUUGAGUUUCCCCUUCAUAGCAUCAUCAAUACCAAUCCCCUAAUGAUCCCUAGCAGCCCCAUGUCGUCUUGUGUAUCCGACAACCUUCCUGCAGGCAUACAGGGAGCCAGGCAAGUACAAUUUGGGCUCUUCCCGUUCGACAGCUGUGAAAAUCAUGGGAGUUUAUCUUGCCUGUUGACAGUGGGGAAAACCAGCCCGGAUUCGAAAAAGAAGCCACGGGAACUGAUGUUGUUUGGUAAAGCCAUUCUCAUUGAGGACAGAAAAGAUGAGAAAUUCGUGUUUGGUUUGGAUGAUGAGAAUGGUGAUCGCCGUUGUAAGGUGUUUGUGGAGUCCGAUGAUGUUGGAAGGGGGGUCAUUGACUUGUCGGCGACAUGUUUGGGAUCCGAAGACCGGAGGUGCAGAGCAAUGUGCUGUACCAGGAUAGUGCCCGUUCGGUCUGGCACAUCGGAGACGAACCCUUCAGUGGGUUCAUGAAGAAGGCAAGGCAAGAAGGCUUAUAGUAUUGUAUCAGAUUGAAGCAGUGACAAUAUGGGGAGGGGAUAGAACUUAUGAGACUCACUUGGCUGAUCUCAUUUGUGGGUUUCCCAAACAGAGCCGCCAUUGUUACUCUUAAGAUUACUUGUAUUAUAUUGUCACCUCAUUGUUCCUGAAAUAGUUAUUUAUAAAACACAUUAUUGUCGUGGUGACUAUAUUAAUUUUUGGAAAAUGAAUGUUUGUUGCCUCAUUACUUUUUGAUGAAAGAUUUUUAGUGGGUCUCUGUUGUUGUAAUGUUUCUUGGGCUAGGUUGAUUGAUCUGUUCUUGGGCUAGAAUGAAAGUAUAUUAUGGUU